AAAGACGACGGAUGCGGCGCGCCAGGCGGAACUUUCCAGAACGCUCGCUGAAAAGCGGAGGAGCGGCGGCUGCCCGAGCUGCGCCCAGCAACGUGCUCCUUCCCGCUCCCCCACACCGGCCUCGGCCCCCUCACCGGCUGUAGAAAAUGGUGAAAGAAACUACUUACUAUGAUGUUUUGGGGGUCAAACCCAAUGCCACCCAGGAAGAAUUGAAAAAGGCUUACAGGAAAUUGGCUUUGAAGUACCACCCUGACAAGAAUCCAAAUGAAGGAGAGAAGUUUAAACCGAUUUCUCAAGCUUAUGAAGUGCUCUCUGAUGCGAAGAAAAGGGAAUUAUAUGACAAAGGAGGAGAACAGGCAAUUAAAGAAGGUGGAGCAGGUGGUGGUUUUGGCUCCCCCAUGGACAUCUUUGAUAUGUUUUUUGGAGGAGGAGGAAGGAUGCAGAGAGAGAGGAGAGGUAAAAAUGUUGUGCAUCAGCUCUCUGUAACCUUAGAAGAUUUAUAUAAUGGUGCAACAAGAAAACUAGCUCUGCAAAAGAAUGUGAUUUGCGACAAAUGUGAAGGCCAAGGUGGUAAGAAAGGAGCGGUAGAAUGUUGUCCCAAUUGCCGAGGUACUGGAAUGCAAAUAAGAAUUCAUCAGAUAGGACCUGGAAUGGUUCAGCAAAUUCAAUCUGUGUGCAUGGAGUGCCAGGGCCAUGGGAAACGGAUCAGUCCUAAAGAUAGAUGUAAAAGCUGCAAUGGAAGGAAGAUAGUUCGAGAAAAGAAGAUUCUAGAAGUUCAUAUUGACAAAGGCAUGAAAGAUGGCCAGAAGAUAACAUUCCAUGGUGAAGGAGACCAAGAACCUGGACUGGAACCAGGAGAUAUUAUCAUUGUUUUAGAUCAGAAGGACCAUGCUGUUUUUACUAGGCGAGGAGGGGAUCUUUUCAUGUGUAUGGACAUACAGCUGGUUGAAGCACUGUGCGGCUUUCAAAAGCCAAUAUCUACUCUAGACAACAGAACCAUUGUCAUCACCUCUCAUCCAGGUCAGAUUGUCAAGCAUGGAGAUAUCAAGUGUGUGCUGAAUGAAGGCAUGCCAAUUUAUCGUAGACCAUACGAAAAGGGUCACCUAAUCAUCGAAUUUAAGGUAAACUUCCCGGAGAAUGGCUUUCUCUCUCCUGAUAAACUGUCUUUGCUGGAAAAGCGCCUACCUGAGAGGAAGGAAGUAGAAGAGACUGAUGAAAUGGACCAGGUAGAACUGGUGGACUUUGAUCCAAAUCAGGAAAGAAGGCGCCAUUACAAUGGAGAAGCUUAUGAGGAUGAUGAACAUCACCCUAAGGGAGGUGUUCAGUGUCAGACCUCUUAAUGGGGCCAGUGAAGAACACUGCUGGCAUUUUAUAUGCAGUAGUGAAUGAAUGAAGGACUAUAAUCAUAGCUCACUACUUGCUAUUAUUGUUUUUGUUUUAAUAUUCAACUAUAGUAGUGUUUUAAAAGUUAAAUGAAGAAUAAAAAAUAUAAAAGCUCAAAAAAAAUAUGGAGAACAAACUGAGGGUUAU